AGGCAAGGCGGGGGAUUGCGAACAGACCGAAAAGCCUGGAGAACCGCUGCGGACUUAAACGGAACUGUCCAUACAAAAUUAGAAGGGAAAACUUCCUCCACGAUCACCCUCCAGGUCCAUCAAGAGACGCCAUUUGAGUUUUACAAGCCCAGACGUUCCCCCGGUCAGACAUGAAGAGCCCUCCGGGUCUGGAUCGCUGAGCAGCUGAGGUCGGCGCUAAAAACACUGACAGUCCUGACAGUCAUGGCUGAUAGAGAUGGGCUUCCUCUUGCCCCAGGUCAAGCCUACGUCGAAGUGGAAUAUGACUAUGAGUACAAGGCCAAAGACAAGAUGGUCACCAUCCGGCAGGGGGAGUGCUAUAUCCUCGUGAAGAAAACCAAUGAGGACUGGUGGCAGGUGAGGAAGGACGAGGGCGCAAAGGCUUUCUACGUGCCGGCCCAGUAUGUCAGAGAGGUGCGGCGGGCGCUGAUGCCCCCACAGAAGCCCACCUUGAGGGCCAAACCUACCGUUCUGGAUAUCUGUAUGGCAUCAAAUGAGAACCUCAACCGGCCGCAGCCAGAAAUGUCCAGCUUUGGGCGACCGUCGCCUUCCUCCACGCCGUCACCUUCCUCAGACCGCGUCACGCCGCCGGCUCCGCCCAAGGAUGCGAAUCAGAAUUUGGGAAGCCCCCAUCAUUGCAAGGUGGUGGCCGAACUGGUGCUUCUUCACAACAACAAUAAUCAUCACCUUGCCAACAAUUCAACCCUCCCGCGGACGCGAGCCGACUCGCCGCCGCUCAAAGAGGAGAACCGCCACAGCAGAAGUCCAGACAGUGACAAGACCUCACCGCAAUGUGACCUACCAGGAAACGGACUCAGCAAGCUCCGCAACGACUCGGAGUCCGGCGAUGAGCUCAGUAGCAGUUCAACAGAACACAUGCAGACCACAUCGCCAACGGGUCAAGGCAGGUCAGACUCGCCGGUCUACACCAACCUCCAGGAGCUUAAGAUCUCUCAGUCCAGCCUUCCGCCUGUGCCCUCCGGUUCACCUCUCCACAUCCACGGUGACUGGGAGACCCACAAAGACCUGAGUGGCAGGCAUUUCUAUUAUAACCGGGCUACGGGGGAGCGCACGUGGAAACCGCCGCGCACCCGGGACGCCAGCGGCAGCACCGGCAGCUUCCGAGGAGAAGGCCACCAAGGCACAGCAGAGAGCGAGCUGCUUUCGUCUGAAGAAAACUGUCACAGCACCCAUUCCAGCCAGUCUGACAGCCAGUAUGGGUCGCCCCCUAGAGGCUGGUCUGAGGAACUGGAUGAGCAUGGACACACCCUUUACGUCUCCGAAUACACACAAGAGAAGUGGAUCAAACAUGUUGAUGAGCAAGGCCGACCCUACUACUACAAUACUGACGGAUCCAGGUCUGAAUGGGAAUUACCCAAGUAUAACAUCUCCCCUCAGUCUGGUGAGGUCCCCAAGAGUCGCAGCCUGGAGAGGAAGCAGCCGGACCCCAUCAUCCUCACCAAGUGGAGGCACAGCACUUAUGUCCUUGAUCUCAACGACAAGGAGUGUGCUCCGGCGCCCAAGCAGAGCUCUCCCGACUCUGACUCCUGCCCAUCAUCUCCUAAGCACCCCUCAACUCCGUCAGAGAAGUGCGGGGUCCUAAAUGUCACCAAAAUCACGGAGAAUGGGAAAAAAGUCAGGAAGAACUGGGCAUCCUCGUGGACGGUGUUACAGGGUUCCUCGCUCCUCUUUGCAAAGGGUCAAGGAGGUAGCACGAGCUGGUUUGGCAGCAACCAAUCGAAGCCCGAGUUUACCGUUGACUUGCGCGGGGGAUCCGUGGAAUGGGCUUCCAAGGACAAGUCCAGCAAGAAGCAUGUCAUUGAGCUGAAGACGCGUCAGGGGACAGAACUGCUGAUCCAGUCUGAGAUUGAUAGCGUCAUCAAUGACUGGUACCGGGCCCUGACCGAGACCAUUAACACAUACGCGUGGGAGUCGGAUGAGGCCAUCGAAGAGGAUAUGCCGGACUCUCCGGGAGCUGAGAAACAGGACAAAGAGAAAGAUCAGCGAGAGUCGAAGAAGAACAGAGUUGUGAUGAAGACCUCUGUCAGUAUGGACUCAUCAGACCAGAAAAAAACCCGGCUGAAGCUCAAGAAGUUCUUGACGCGUCGACCCACCUAUCAGGCGGUCCGAGACAAAGGCUACAUCAAAGAUCAGGUUUUUGGCUGCAGUCUGAGCAACCUGUGCCAGCGGGAGAACACAUCCGUGCCCAAAUUUGUGAAAAUGUGCAUCGACCAUGUGGAGAACACAGGUCUCAGUAUCGAUGGCUUGUAUCGAGUGAGCGGGAACCUGGCAGUGAUACAGAAGCUCCGCUUUGCCGUGAACCAUGACGAGAAGGUGGAACUGGAUGACAGCAAGUGGGAGGACAUCCACGUCACGACAGGAGCACUCAAGAUGUUCUUCCGGGAACUUCCAGAGCCUCUAUUUACUUACGGAUCCUUCAAUGACUUUGUUAAUGCAAUUAAAUGUUCUGACUACAAGCAGAGAGUCAAUUCAAUCAAAGACUUGAUCAAGAAGUUGCCAAAACCUAACCACGACACAAUGCAAGUCCUCUUCAAACACCUGCGGAGGGUGAUCGACCACGGUGAAGCCAACCGCAUGACCACCCAGAGCGUGGCCAUCGUUUUUGGCCCUACGCUCCUCCGGCCCGAAACGGAGACGGGCAACAUAGCGGUCCACAUGGUCUACCAGAACCAGAUAGUAGAGCUCAUACUGCUGGAGUUCGAAAGCAUCUUUGGCAGGUAGACGCAAAGGGGCUCCAGACUUUUUGCCUCUUCUUUUUUUUUUUU